AUGGCGUUCCGAAAGAGACGUCACGAUUCCGAUGGAGAUUCUGAUGAAGAGAAGCUCCCCAUCACGAAAGACGAUGAUGAUGACUUAAAAGCUGAACCCGCGAAGAAGUCGAAAAAUAUAUGGUCCGAUAUGCUCCUCGAAGACCAGUUGCUCGAGAAAGGAUCGAAGAUCAAUCUCGAUCGAAGUUCGCGAAAGCAGCCGAAUGUUUCACGUGGACCCGAGUCAUAUUUAAUGCCACAAGAAGAGUUUAAUAGGAAAAAUAUGAAAAAAGGACAACCUAAGAAACAAGACAUGGAUAAUCCAGUUGUUUUUGUGACUCCAGCAAGUGAUGACUUGUUCGGUGAUGCCCCAAGUGCCUUGGACGAAGGUUUUGGCGUCAAAAAGAAUGAAGUCAAAGCACCUGUACAAGAAGAAGAAGCUGGCUGGUGGGGCAAGAAAGGUGCAAAUAAAAGAUUUUGCGAUCGUAUGGCUCAACAAGACCGACAGCCGAAACCAGUAUAUGUUCAAAAGAAAACUUCACAAUUAAUGGCUGAAGAAUUCUCAUUGGAAACAAUGCUUGCUGCUAAAUUCGAAGAAGAUAUCACUCUCGAAGAGCUUGGAAAUCAGAUUGCAGAUGCAAUGGGGGAGAAAGAUCCCGAUACGGUCAAGAAAAUUGUCAAUGCCAUAGGCCGUGAAGUUUCUCUCAAGCUUUUCAGCGAUACGAAAGAAGUGGAGCAAAAUGGUGGCAUGAAAAUCACUGACGGUAGCCGCCGUCGUACUCCUGGAGGCGUUUUCAUCACACUUUUUAAAAUGGACUCUGCAGUAUCUCGCGAAGUUAAAAAUAGUAUUUUCGACAACAUGCGGAAUGCCGACAAACAACGGUCAAAGAACAAGAAAAAAGCUCAGAACUUCACCAAGCAACUUGAAGAUGUGAAGAAAACAAUGGAACUCGUUGCUCAAGCUGAAAAUGACAUUGCCAAUGAAGAACUUGGAAUUGUCGAUGAUGUUCCGUUCAACGAUGAUGUCGUUGACAUGAUCUGA